AUGACCUGCAAUGAUGAGACUACAGAACUCUUUGGCAUUCAGGAUGAUGCCCUCGCUGGUCAUUACUGCCACGCAUGCGACGAUUCCUUUCAAGAUGAAGAAGUGAUGCUCCCAGUCAAGAUACUUGCUCCAGUGUUUGAUGCUAUGGCUACUGGACAAACAGACAAUCCCAGCUUGCAGAAACCUUCUACCAGCACUGCACACCACCCAGAUAUAGGGGUCUCUCAUGAAGGCCAACACGGAGACAACAGCUCUCCGCAAACGGCUGCACCCACCACUUAUGCUACACCAGCAUUCCAAGUCAAUCCAAGACGCUGUCACUGUGAAAAGCUAGCCACCUCCAGACCCAAGGAUCCAGUUUGUGACUACUGCAAGCAAGAGAAGGAUGGAGCCCAGGAAAUCUCCUACUUGGAAAUGGAACUGGCACACUUGAAUCCACAUCCACCCCCAAACUAUGCCUCUAGAGACAGUGCUAUCAAGUCAUCAGUUCAAGAUAUGCAGAGGAGAUGCAUUCCAAUGCCUUCAGAGCUGCGUAGCAAACUGUUGGACAUGGGAUACAUUACUUUUGAUGCCGGCAACCAAUCUGGUCAUCAGUCUUUGAAGCCAGCAACCAAUCAGAAUGAGGCAACUAUGGAUAUCAAUGAGUCAAAACAAGAUGAGGCAACUGAUUCACUUGCCACAGGAGAAGAUGUGAAAAUGGGAAAAAGUCAAAUCAGAGGAUACCAAAGCAAGCUGUGGAGGUCAAGUUGUUGGAGCCGGAGGAAGAACCUGCAAGUCAGCUGA